AAAUGACGUUUUCAGUUGUAAUCAAAAGCUUCAGUACGUCCUCCUCUUGAGGUCCUUGUUUCACUCAGAACCCGAACCCUAACACGAGUACUGAUGAGUAGGAUUCUGCUGGACCCCUCCGAUAGCGCCACGGCGUUCCUGUGUUCUCCCCAUCUGCAGUCCUAGAACGGGGGUUGCUCUGUCAUCAGGGACAGCAGAUGAGUACCACCAUUGGCCACUUCCCCUCUCACCGGCCCUCCCCUCAGCCGACACAAAGGGUCUACUUGUCCGUGCGACACACUGAGACAUGUAGACUCACACACACACACACACACACACACACACACACACACACACACACACACAGAGGAGGCUUUACUCCCAGGGCUGAGUGUCACCCUGCUGCCGUAUGUCCGCACGUCGCUGGAAUGCGGUUAUUUUAUGUUGCCAGAAAGAGGAAGGCAGAGUGAUGAGGGCCGGGCAAAACGAGAAGGAAAGCGUAGAGGCGAGCCUCUCUGUCGCUGAGAAAGUGUGUGUGUGUGUGUGUGUGAGACAGAGAUGGGGGAUGCAGAGGGAGGGAGGAUGCGACCAAUGCAGUGAGGCAGCAGUUUAACACAAGCCUGAACCUGACAGCACACAGACAGAGAGAGAGGGAGCGGUCCCCUCAGUUCAGUCGGACGGCGGAUUUCAGUUUCUUCUCUGGGAUUCAUGUCUCACAGCUCAUUCUGGACUCAGCCUCAGCUCAGAACGCAAGUUCCUCGUCUUCAUCAGCUCUUCAGCGUGCUGCAGCUUCAUCUGGAGGAGCUUCAUCCUCCAUACUGGCCCUGCUUCUUCUGCCUAGGCAUCUUUGUGUCAGUGCUGGGACCUCGUCCUUCAAGUUCAGAAAGAAGAAGCAAAGCUCCCUGUUGCAAGACGAGAAGUGCUGAGGACGAUGCCUGCGUAGCGUUGAAGAUCAACCAGUCUUCAGCUGUCCGCGGCAGCCCGGUUUACAGACCCGCCACCUCGCCCAUUCUGCAGCAGUGUCUGAACCGAGCCAGUGGUCUGACGCCCAGCAGGAACAGGGGAGGGCCCAAUGGAAGUAGUGGCAGGGCUCGGCUGCCAUCCAAACCUGAAGUGCCUCCAAAGCCGGAGCACCUAAAGAGCCCGGUGACGUCACUUGCAUCCCCACUGGCCCACUUCCAGAAUCCACCACCGCCGCUUAGACCCAACAUGGAGGAUCGGGAAGGAAAAACGGUCCCUGUGAGCCGAGAGCGAAUCAGGGACAAACAGUCCAAAGUGUCAAACCUGAUCAGCCGCUUUGAGGAGGGCAGCAUCGCAGACAACAAGAAAGACAGCAAAUACACCAGCAGAGCCGCCAACUUCAGCCCAGCGCACCGCACCAACAAGAAGACAGAGAGCAGCACGAUUCAGGACAAGCACUCCCCCGUGAGAGCCGACGAUGCCAAGAGAGCAGCAGCAACGAACGGGGUGCUAGUGCAGAUGGAACAGGACACGGAGGAGAGGAAGAGUCCUAACAGUGUGAGGACAGAGCCUGCAGAGCUGGUGAAUGGAGACAUGGGAAGUGCUGAGCCGAGGGCUGAUCGUUCACCGGCACAAACAGACGGGACUGCUGCAGAGAGCCACGCUCAAAAGAAAGAGAUUGAAACAAACGGCGUGCAAAAGAGUGACGAAAGGAGCUCAGAGCAGAAGGAGACUAACGAACAAAAGCUGUUUAACAUCGCCAGCGAGCUCCUGCACACCGAGCAGGCCUACGUGGGGCGACUUGCACUGCUGGAUGAGGAGUUCUGUGCUAAGCUGAUGGAGGAGGCACACAAAGGAACGUUCCCUGUGGAUGUGGUGAAGAACAUCUUCUCCAACAUCUGCUCCAUCCAUGCCUUUCACAGCCAGUUUCUGCUUCCCGAUCUGGAGAAGCGCAUGGGGGAAUGGAGGUCCAAACCUCGGAUCGGGGACAUUCUUCAGAAACUCACACCCUUCCUGAAAAUGUACGCCGAGUAUGUGAAGAAUUUCGACCACGCCAUGGAUCUGCUGAAGCAUUGGAAUGACCGCUCGCCUCAGUUUAAGUCCAUCAUUCAGGAGAUACAGAGUCAAGAGAUCUGCGGCAGUCUGACGCUUCAGCAUCACAUGCUGGAGCCGGUCCAGAGAGUCCCUCGCUACGAGAUGCUGCUGAAAGAUUACCUGAAGAAGCUGCCCCAAGACGACCCGGAUCGCAGAGAUGCAGAAAAGUCGUUGGAGAUUAUUGCUACAGCAGCGACUCAUUCCAACAGCGCCAUUAGAAAAUCUGAAAUUUUAAAGAAGCUGAUGGAGAUCUAUGAGAUGUUGGGUGAAGAGGAGGACAUUGUUCAUCCGUCUAACGAGUUCAUCAAAGAAGGCCACAUCCUGAAGCUGUCCGCCAGGAACACCUCCGCAACAGAGAGCUACCUCUUCCUGUUCAACAACAUGCUGUUAUACUGCGUGCCUAAAUUCAGCCUGGGAGGGCCUAAAUACACGGUGAGGUCACGGAUCGGGAUUGACGGGUUGAAGGUCAAAGAAACGAUCAACAAGGACUACCCUCACACCUUCCAGGUGUCGGGCAAGGAGAGGACGCUGGAGCUUCAGGCCUGCUCAGAGCAAGACAAGGCAGACUGGAUCGAGGCUGUUCAAAAAACCAUCGAGAUCUUCCAGCAGAAGAAUGAGUCAUUCAAGAGCGCUCUGAAGGAAGCAGAGGAAGUUUCGGAAGCUGAGCUGGGAAAGCGGGCCCCCUGCUGGAUUCGUGACAACGAAGUGACGAUGUGCAUGAGGUGUAAAGAGCCUUUCAAUGCCAUCACACGGCGGAGACAUCACUGCAGAGCCUGCGGCCAUGUGGUGUGUUGGAAAUGCUCCGAGUACAAAGCACAGCUUGAAUAUGACGGCAACAAGAUGAACAAAGUCUGCAAAGACUGCUACUUGGUUCUGAUGGGAAAAGAGAUCACGGAGGACAAGAAGAAAGGCAUUCUGGAGGUGGAGGCGGGCCAGAUCGCAGACAGCAGCAUCAUCUGUGGCUACUUGCAGCAUUCUGAGAAAAGCAAAAUUUGGCAGAAGGUCUGGUGUGUGAUCCCUGAGAAGGAGAGUCUGGUGCUCUACGUCUACGGAGCUCAACAGGACGUGAAGGCCCUGAGCUCCAUCCCUCUACUGGGUUAUUCUGUGGAUGAAACCGUCCGGCCUGGUGACCCUCCAGCCGUUUUCCGUCUCUCCCAGUCCAACUUGGUCCACAACUUCUCUGCUGACACCGACGAGCUGAAGCAUCGCUGGCUGAAAGUGAUUCGAGUGGCGGCGGCAGGCGAGGUACCGACACGACCCGAGGCUAACGGCACCACCAGUUUGGAUAACGGCGACACACAUGAAGCUAAUUCUGAUAGCUCAUAAAAGCAGCAUGAAUCUGCUGAUGGACUCCAGAACCGAUGGGGACGUGUGGACAAAGUUCAAACACAACCUUCGUUUUUUUUUAAGUGCUGGAUCAGCGGCCUUUUUAUUUCCCUCCUGCUGGAACUGUGCUGGAUGACUAACGGACGCUUCGGGUACAUUCAACACUAGAGCGGAUGCACGCUCUCGUGGGACAGUCCGGAUGUCCUCCACGGUCACCGCACCUCGUUCAGAAUGUGAAUCAAACCCAAACCUGCUGGUGCUGUUCUUCGUUCUUCUUGUACAUCAAGUUUUUUUGUUAAAAAAGAACAUUUUUAUGUACAUAAAUCAGUCCCGAGCUCCACUUCUAUAAAGGACAAACGCGUAAAUAUGAUUUACAGUAUUUACAGUAAUUCCAUCUGUUUAACGGCCUGAGAAGAUUGUUCCUAAACUGUUACGCAGUUCCCGUCUUUGGACGCUGACGGCCCCAUCUCCUGUUUUCUGUCCGCUCCAGGACAUCAGAAGACCCGUGAGUGUAAAAGUACAGCUUAGUGAGGUGAAUACGGAUCAAAUCUUAUUUAAUUUAUAUAACGUUUGGAGUUUGAUGAUCAAUCCAAGCAUUUUCUGCAUCUGGUCAUCAUUCCAAGCCUGUAAGCCUGAAGCCUUAGUCGUUUCCUUAUUAACAGAUUUUUGUCCUGAGAAAAACGUCAGUGACAUCACAGUGACAUCACAGUGACAUCAGUAACAUCACAGUGACAUCACAGUGACAGUGUGCAGACAUUUUUACGGUGAGUCGACUCAGGAGAGGUUAGAGAUGGUUGAAUAAAUUAGUGAUUUGUUUUAAUGGACUUCAUUUUAAGUGCUGUUUAUACUGCAAUCAUGUAUUUUAAAAUGGAAAAUGUAAAAAAAAAUAGUAUUUUAUCCGAGGAUGUUUUCCCGCCCACUGGACAUGGGUGUUCCAGACGAGUAUCGGACAUUUUCCUCCUGACGCAAAAGCAGCACAAUCUGCGUGUAAAAGUUUGGAAAAGCUGUAAUUAAUUGUCUUAUUUAAAGUAAUUUAUAGUUUGACGAGCGUGGUUCGUUAAUCAUGCAUCCUGUUUUUGUUUUGCCCACUAACCCACAGCGGCCGCCAGCCGUGGAGAAAUGUGCCUCUAAUUUCCAACGCGAGCGUUCGCCCUGCUCCGUUCCCUUUCCCUCCUCAGUAUUCCAAUAAGAGCACAAGUCCUGUCUGGUAAACGUAGAGCUGCAUUUCUGUCUCACCUCUUUCCAAAGGAUUGAAAGUCUCACGCACUUUAGGCCUUAAAAGUGUACCUUUAAAGGAAAUAAAUGACAUUCAGUGA